GCUUGCGCAGUGCGGUGCCGGGCCGUAGGGCUUUGGGCAGGGGCUGCUGUCGCCGGCGCCAUGAGCGGGACGUUGGCCAAGAUCGCGCCGUGUGCCCUCAGAUGGCCCGCACGCAGAAGAACAAGGCCACGGCGCAUCACCUGGGGCUGCUGAAGGCGCGGCUCGCCAAGCUGCGCCGGGAGCUCAUCACCCCCAAGGGCGGCGGCGGCGGCGGCCCCGGAGAAGGUUUUGAUGUCGCCAAAACGGGUGACGCCCGGAUCGGUUUUGUGGGCUUCCCGUCGGUGGGCAAAUCGACUCUACUGAGUAAUUUGGCUGGUGUGUACUCAGAGGUGGCGGCAUACGAGUUCACGACGUUGACCACGGUGCCUGGGGUCAUUCGGUAUAAAGGAGCAAAGAUACAGCUUCUUGAUCUCCCAGGAAUUAUUGAGGGAGCUAAGGAUGGGAAAGGGAGAGGUCGACAAGUCAUUGCAGUUGCUCGAACAUGUAACCUAAUUCUGAUUGUUCUGGAUGUGCUAAAGCCCUUGGGACACAAAAAGAUCAUUGAGAAUGAGCUGGAGGGCUUUGGAAUACGACUGAAUAGUAAGCCCCCCAACAUUGGCUUUAAGAAGAAAGAUAAAGGAGGCAUCAAUCUCACAGCCACUUGCCCCCAGAGUGAGCUAGAUACUGAAACAGUGAAGAGCAUCUUAGCAGAGUACAAAAUUCACAAUGCUGAUGUCACACUGCGGAGUGAUGCUACUGCAGAUGACCUCAUUGAUGUGGUUGAAGGAAACAGAGUUUACAUCCCAUGUAUUUAUGUGCUGAAUAAAAUUGACCAGAUUUCCAUUGAGGAGCUAGAUAUCAUUUACAAGGUACCUCACUGUGUACCAAUUUCUGCUCAUCAUCGUUGGAAUUUUGAUGAUCUGUUGGAGAAAAUUUGGGACUACUUGCAACUAGUGCGAAUCUAUACUAAACCUAAAGGACAGUUACCAGACUACACCUCUCCUGUGGUGCUGCCUUACUCCAAGACCACAGUGGAGGAUUUUUGCAUGAAGAUACACAAAAAUCUCAUUAAAGAUUUUAAGUAUGCACUGGUUUGGGGUUCAUCUGUUAAACACAACCCACAGAAGGUUGGCAAAGAUCACACGCUUGAGGAUGAGGAUGUCAUUCAGAUUGUGAAGAAAUAAAGUUGUCCCUGAUCAAUUGCCACAACAACUGGCAUUGUUAUUGUGACUCUCUUUCUAUAUACAGUCAGUUUUGAGUGGCUAAGUGGAGAGGGAGUUACUUUGUUCUGGUGCUCACUUGUAUAUCCAGCUGGUUGCUGAAAUGCAUGGUCGAAAAUUGGAUAAAAAGCUGAGGAGUGUAUGCUUCAAAAGGGCAGUCUCUCUGCUUUGUGUUUAUUACUUGUCAGGGUUAUAAAAUCCACACACACAAGUAGGAUUUCUCUUAUGCCUGUAUAAAAUUCAUUUCUUUGUAAGCUGUGCUUUUAUGUUCCAUCUUACAGUAUGUCUUUAACAAUAAGAGAAGGCCUGACUCUACCAACCUUAACCUAAAGGGAUCCCCAUUUAGGCAUUAAAGGCAUUACGUUCACUGGAUCCUUGGACAUCAAACUCUUCAAACCUAGGUGUACAGCUUGAUGGUACAACCUAGUGAACCACUUGACCUAAUGUUGUCUUUUGUUAUAGACAAGUACACGGGAUGGAUUUGAUUUAAAUCAUUCGUGUUGUUUGAUAUAACAGUACAUAUUAUUCACAACUCAGAAA